GCCACGUAUCCGUAUCUACAGGCAGUAUGUGAAGUAGUGGGUCCCCAAAAAUACGCGCGUGGCCCCACUCUCCAAAACGGCCCAAUUAGCCGUUGGCAACCGAACCUCGUCACGCUCUUGUUACGGUCUCUCUUCUUCCUCUUUUCCAUUUCACACAGACUUUACACAACAACACACACUCACCUUAAGCAACACAGUGCAUUCCCAACAAAACAUGGGUUUCUACGACUUCUCCGACACCGACAACGAGUCCGCCAUAGAAGAAAUUAUCUCACUGGCCCAAGAUGCAUGCGUGUUGGACCAACUCUCCGCCAUCAACUGCGCCGGAAUCACCAACUCCGUCCUCCCUUCCCACCUCGAAACCCGUUUCCGCAACCUCAAAUCCUUUCCACCAACCAAAGCUCGCACAUUUCCCACCCCCACUUCAAGAAACGAAGCAAGUUUCAAUUUUUCGCCCUCCAAACAGAACCCAGAUUCUGGGUACACUUCUUCGCAUGACAAAAAGGGAGUGGAAGAAAAAUCUAAAGAUGAGUCUUGGGUCCCCAAAAAUACGCGCGUGGCCCCACUCUCCAAAACGGCCCAAUUAGCCGUUGGCAACCGAACCUCGUCACGCUCUUGUUACGGUCUCUCUUCUUCCUCUUUUCCAUUUCACACAGACUUUACACAACAACACACACUCACCUUAAGCAACACAGUGCAUUCCCAACAAAACAUGGGUUUCUACGACUUCUCCGACACCGACAACGAGUCCGCCAUAGAAGAAAUUAUCUCACUGGCCCAAGAUGCAUGCGUGUUGGACCAACUCUCCGCCAUCAACUGCGCCGGAAUCACCAACUCCGUCCUCCCUUCCCACCUCGAAACCCGUUUCCGCAACCUCAAAUCCUUUCCACCAACCAAAGCUCGCACAUUUCCCACCCCCACUUCAAGAAACGAAGCAAGUUUCAAUUUUUCGCCCUCCAAACAGAACCCAGAUUCUGGGUACACUUCUUCGCAUGACAAAAAGGGAGUGGAAGAAAAAUCUAAAGAUGAGUCUGUUUCUUCGCCCCCUUUUACCCCUUCUUCCUCUGAGAAAAGUUCCAUGUCUUCCAUUUUCAAACCGGCGCAAAAGGACGGUUCCAAAAAGCACUCUCCUUUGCGGUCUUCAAGUUCCCCUUCUCCUUCGCCUCCUCGGAGGAGGGGUUGCUUGUGGUGCUCUCCCAAGAAGAAGGAGCAGAAGAAGAAAAGUAAGGAGAAUUGGGGUGACGAGAUUUUGUCUUCAUUGGGAAGCUUCUCCAUCAAGGAGCAGCAGAAGAUGCUGAAGAAGGCGAUGAAGGAAGAAGAGAAGGUUAGCCGCGAGGCUGAAAAGAUCGUGCAGUGGGCCAAGCUAGCAUCUGCAAGAAUGAACGCUUCUGACAUUGAUGAUGAACUCAGUGAUUGAAGCAUUGAAUUUUGGGGUCUCUAUAUCACUUUACUCUUCUGAUGUUCAGAUAAAAGAAAAGCAAAAUUGUAUUUGUUGCCUUGUUUUUAUGGGGGGGACAGUGGGUCUGUCAAUUUCAUUUUGCAUAUUGUUCCCAAUAUUGCGUUUGUUAUACUUUGCAUCAAUAUAAAGAUUUUACAUAGUUAGUGUGGAUUACCUCAUUUGGCUGUAUUGAGUUUAUACAAAUGAUAAUAGAGAUGUUUUUUUUGCAAUGUUA